AUGGCUUCAAGCAGUGUUCCCACUAUCUCCAUUCCCAAUAUCUCUCACCUUGUCUCUGUCAAACUAUCUGAUACCAACUAUCUUGUAUGGGAAAGCCAGGUCAAACCUUUCUUACUCGGCCAGAAUCUUUGGCGCUUUGUUGAUGGCUCUCAUCCUUGCCCCUCCCCUACGCUUCCUCCUUCUGAUAAGUCUGAAUGCUCCACUCCGUCGUUGGCCAAUCCUGACUAUGUCUCUUGGUUUCAAACUGACCAAAGCCUGAUUAGUAUUCUUCGUGCUACGCUGUCUGAGAGUGUUCUUCCCCAAGUUAUUGGGUUCUCCACCUCGAAGAGUGAUGGGGGGAAGGAAUAUGAUAACCUGCAAUUUAAACAGUUUUGUGCUACUAAUGGCAUUGUGCAUCGCUUUUCUUGUCCUCAUACACCCCAACAAAAUGGGUUAGCGGAGCGAAAACAUCAUCAUAUUGCUGAUAUGGGUCGCACUUUUUUACACACUGCUCAUAUGCCUCACAAUCUUUGGGUCGAAGCAUUUUGUACUGCAGUUUCUUUGAUUAAUCGACUUCCAACCCCUAUCCUUAAAGGGACUUCUCCCUAUAAGUUAUUAUUUGGCAUUUCCCCGGAUUACGCGUUCCUUCGUGUUUUUGGAUGUAUUUGUUACCCAUAUCUUGGAGAUUAUGUAACUAACAAAUUACAACCUCGUUCUCUUCAGUGUGUUUUUGUUGGCUACAGUGAUCGCCAUCAUGGUUACCACUGUCUCCAUCCUCCUACAGGUUGGCUCUACGUUUCUCGCCAUGUCAUUUUUCAUGAAGAUCAACUCUAUUAUGCUGCUGUUUCUAAGCCUGUUCAGCUCUCAGACCUUGUUGUGGUCCCCGUGGGCCUUCUUCCUAGUCCACCAGCUCGGCCCAUUCCUGCUGUCAAUUCUCAAGACACAGCCCGGUUCUCCAACACCACAUCUGGGUCAACUUCCUCUCAAUCUUUUCACGUUCACCCCAGCUCUCCACAACCAGCCGAAAUCUCUUCUCCCCAAUCAGCCGUCUCGCCCCCAUCAUCAGCCCCCUGUUCUCCAACACCACCAGACUGCCGUUCCCUCCUCCAGCACACUGCCGUCCUCACCUCUUCUCCACCACCAGUCGUCUCAUCCCCAUCCUCGGACCCAAGUUCUCAAACACCACCCGACUGCCUUUCUCUUCCUUCACAGCUAGCCGUAUCCGCCUCUUCUCCACCAACUUUGUCGUUGUCUCCUCUUGUUCCUUCUCAUGUCCCUGUCAUCGCUCCUCCACCACCAAGUACCCGUCUCAGUCCUGUGCACACCCGAUCCAAGUCUGGAAUUGUCAAGCCAAAUCCCAAAUAUCAUGCCAAUUUUUCUACUCGGUACCCCGUUCCUCAUGCUUUCUCUGCUUUGGUCAACACAGACGUUGAACCCAUCUGCUACACACAAGCAUCUCGCUAUCCCGAAUGGAAACAGGCCAUGCUAGAUGAGUAUCAUGCCCUCCUUCAGCAGGGCACCUGGUCUUUGGUGCCGUCAUCCCCUUCGCUCAAUACGGUUGGUUGCAAAUGGGUCUUCCGAAUAAAGCGGCGAUUCGAUGGCACGAUUGAACGAUAUAAGGCACGCCUUGUUGCCAAAGGCUUUCAUCAACAAUCUGGUGUCGACUAUUUUGAUACAUUCAGUCCUGUGGUUAAGCCCACAACCGUUCACACUGUUCUCUGUCUGGCUAUUUCUUUUGGAUGGCCUCUUCAGCAACUCGAUGUCAAAAACGCAUUCUUGCACGGCUCUCUAUCCGAAGAUGUUUAUAUGCGGCAACCACCUGGCUUUGCUGACCCUGACCGGCCUAGUCAUGUGUGUAAACUUCAUAAAGCCAUUUAUGGUCUUAAGCAGGCUCCCCGGGCAUGGUUUCAACGGUUUAGUUCUUUCCUCCUGCGUGUUGGCUUUACUCAAAUAAUUCUUCUCAUCUCCUUGCCUUUCUCCGCAAAUUGGGGUGUUGAGUUUGACAUCAAAGAUUUGGGGCGUUUGCAUUAUUUUCUUGGUGUGGAGGUCCAUUAUCACCCUACUUCCAUCCAUCUUACUCAAAACAAGUACACCGUUGAUCUUCUCAAACGUAGCAAUCUCUUGGACUGCAAACCUGUUUCUACACCCAUGACUUCCAAAGGUACUCUUUCUCGGACCCAUGGUACUGUCCUUGCGGAUCCUACCCCUUAUCGACAGAUGGUUGGCGCCUUACAAUAUCUCACCAUGACUCGUCCUGAUAUCUCAUACGUUGUUCAACAUGUGUCUCAAUUUAUGGGAUCACCCAGUGAUGUUCAUUUUGAAGCUGUCAAACGGAUUUUACGUUAUCUAAAAGGCACCCUUGGAGUUGGCCUUCCUGUUCGCAGGUCUCCUGACUGUUCCUUCUUAGUCGCCUAUUCCGAUGCAGAUUGGGCUGGAUGUCCUGACACUCGCAGGUCCACAACGGAUACUUUGUGGAUUCAAGGUCUCUUAACUGAACUUCGUUGUCCGCUUACUCGUCCGGUUUUACUUAACUGUGACAACCUGUCUGCCACAUACUUAGCCGCUAAUCCUGUCUUCCAUGCUCGUACAAAACACAUUGCUAUUGAUUAUCACUUUGUCCGUGAACGGGUCGCCUCUGGCAGUCAUAAAGUUCAGUUUGUUCCUUCUCAACUUCAGCUUGCAGAUGUCUUCACAAAAGGGUUACCAGCUGACCGUUUUGAACGUCUUGUUUCCAAACUCGUCACCUAUCCGGUGUCCAGUUUGCAGGGGAAUUAUGUCCUUAUCGAGGUUCUCUACCGCCUUCUAGAACAAGACCAAGACGCUGCAGAGAGGCUCCACUGUGACCCGGACUAUCAGUUGUUACACGACCGGGCAAUGGAUGUCUUCGUGGAGAGGUUGAAGUCUGAUAUUGACAAAAUGAAGCAGCACAAGCUGGAUUUGAAGCCAUCAGAUUAUAUAACUGACGGUGAUGAUGACGACGACGAUGAAGAUGAUAAAGAUGGUACUCUUGACGCCGCCGCUUAUGCUGAUCUUUUUGUUAGCGAGGCUGCAGGGUGUUGCGUUACCAAACAACCUCAGGACUCCCACUCUGCCCGCACCAUUUUUCUGUGUGAAAGCAUUGCGAGGAGGCUUUGCCCACCCAAAUCAGACCAACCAAAUCAAUCUUAUCAAUCAGAAGAGUGGGAGCGGAUUAGGAAUGAGGUUUUGGCGCCCUUGAACAGGUACUGGAAGCGUCAAGACAUGUUUAUUGGACGACAGCGCUCUGAAGUUAAGAUGUAUUUGGAGGAGGUGAAAAAAGCAGGAGGAAGAGGAGGCAAUUUGAGUGGCCAUGGCGGCAUAAUAAAGCCAGAUGCUAUGCUCCCAAAUGAGAUCAUACGCCAUGUAGUAGAAUAUGAGGAUGUGAGGGAAGGGGCUGAGCUUCAGUGGAAGGCAAUGGUGGAGGAUAUGUACCUAAAGCAGCAGCAGCAGCAAAAGCAGGGGGAAGGUUUGGGAAAAUUUAAAAACUGCUUGGCAGUGUGUCACAUCUGGGAUUACAAUGACCCAACGCGCUUGGCGGUGAGUUUGGGACUUCUGGUGUCUGAACUUAGUGAAGAGCCAGCAUGGAAAGGAAAGGUGAUCAGUUCUGGUCAUUUGCCGGAUCAGCUGAUGCUGCAUUCGAUACAAGGGGAUGAUCUCAAGUCCAAGUGCGAGUUGAUGAUGAGGACAUGCAACAGGAACUUGGUAUCUUUUGCUGAUAAUUGGCAGAUAUGGGAUUUUAUUCUGGAAGCGGCUACGAAAGAGAACUUGAAGGCAGAGCAGAUGGUUAAGAAGUGGCUAAUUAUUCUGAUGAUUCAUCAUCUCUCUAUCAUGAAUUAG